GUCACAAAAUUUCCACAAUUAUAUUUUUCUUAAAAUAUUUCUUUUUCUACGUCCAAACUGUUUGCGAUGAAAUCGUUGAAGGCAAACCCUAACCUACAGUUUUGAGAGGUUUCUUUUGUCUCCGGCGAACGCGAUCGAGAAAAUUCUAGGAUGCAAGGGCCUGUGGAUGAAGCAAAUUGGCGAGAUUGAUGUCAAGUUGGUGAGGCACCUAUAUGGCACCUGAUGCAGCUGCAUCAGAUGAUAUUUCUGUGCAAUCAAAGUCCAAAAAUAAAAGCGUUUCAGAGGCAAAUGAUGAUUGCUUCUCUCGUGCAAGUAGAACUGAUGAACAUGCCAAUCAGAAAUCUAGUACCGAAGAUAGUAGAGUAAAGAACAAUACAGAGAACAACAUUAGUGGAGAAAGUUCUAAAGGGCGACCUAGUAGUUUGCAAGCUGAAUUGUAUAUACAAAAUUCUAUAUUGGUGAACUCAGCCAUUUCAAAAACCAUCAACACUGCUGAUUCAGUUAAAGCUCAAAAUACUUCGUUGCAAGGUUCCAACCAAAAGCUAAUGGAUGUGAACAAUGAUACCCCUUGCAAGGCAAAGAAUGAACUGGAGGGCUCAACUGAAGAUUUAGUUCCAUCACCCACUGGAGGUGUGACAUGUGCUGACCCACCUCAGACAGUCUUAAAUUCCAAUGAAAAAAAUGAUGGCAUGGAGUUGGAAGUUCCUCCGGUCAAUGAGAGUGAUGACUCUGAUAUGGUGGAGCAAGAUGUGAAAGUUUGUGAUAUCUGUGGAGAUGCAGGGCGAGAGGAUUUGCUUGCCAUCUGUUACCGAUGUAGUGAUGGGGCAGAACACACUUACUGUAUGCGAGAAAUGUUGUCUAAAGUCCCUGAAGGUGAAUGGCUGUGUGAAGAAUGCAAGAAUGUAGAGCGGGCUUCAACUGGAAGGCGAGAAAAGGCUGGAAGGAUUGAUGAAAAUGAGAAAAAUAACUCCUCUGGUCUAGCCAGCAGUGAGCACCCUCAUAGUUCUGAUGCUGAGGGACAUAAUACAAAAGGGUACAUGAAAAUUUCUUGUAAAAGACCGAGAGAUGAGGCUGAUGGUGAGGUUUCAUCGAAGGCAAAGAAGCCUGCUCUUGACUCAAUAGUUGGGUCACCAAAGAACUCCAAUUCUAGCAAACCAGCUGCUUCUCUUUCUCGUGAGAGUUCUUCCAAGAACUUAGUUAAGGGUAGGCUGCAAGCCUCGCAUCUUUCUUCCUCAGGUGCUGUCCAAGUUAAUGAUGCUACAGAACCAGCAAUUUCUGCUUCAGAUCUACGAGCACAUAAUUUUCGAGGUACCUUCUCAAAGUCCAAUUCCUUUAAUUCUCUGAACUCAAAACCAAAGGUCAAGCUUGUAGAUCAAGCCGUUAUCCGGAGGCAAAAAUCUGCUAAGGAAUAUAGCUCAUUUCGUUCGAAGGAGAGUGUUGGCAGACCAAUGGGAAAAUCUAUGUCAUUUAAAUCUACAAAUGCCAACCAAACUGAAACAAAAAUGAAGAUGAUGUCUCCUAGAUUGUCUGAGAGCACUCAGGACACUAAAACUAUGAAACAGAAAACUCCGUUUGAACAUCAGCGCUUGUCUAGAGCUGAGAAUUCAUCUAUGACUUUUAUGAAGGGUACAUCAUUGAGUCCUUCUUCAAGAAAUGAUAAAAGGUCACUGUCUCGAACAGAAUCUUCUGUUCCUACCAUUGCUAGCAACCAUGAAAUGAAGCCUGCUCAAGGUGAAGGCAAAUCAGCUUUAUCCAGAUCAUUCAGUCUUGCAGGUCGAAGGACCUCAGAUAUAUCCAGCUCUUUAGGCGAAGCGAAAAGACCGUUGCCAUCUAGUCAUGCUACUUCAGCUAAUAAUGGAGUUAAUAACAUUGAGAAAAGAUUAAACCAGGCUAGUCUGAAGGAAGAAGUAUCUAGUUCUGUUUCUGCUGAAAGACCACCUUUUGUUGGUAAUGAAUCCUCUGGAAGAGGAAUUAACCUUAAAGCAGCUAUUGAAGCUGCUGUACUAAAAAAGCCAGGGGUGUAUCGAAAGAAUAGAACAUUGGGUCAACCUGAUGAUUCAUCUGCAUCAGUUCUAGCUGGAAAGAAAAGGUUAUGCACUGAUACAAAUCUGCCUGAUAAACCCGCAGAAUCUCGAGGCAUAAAUGCUGAUUCCCUUGCAGAAGAAAUUCCCAAUAAUGUUAAGCAUUCAACAAUAAUUUCUGGUGAGGGUGCUCUACGUUCUGGAGGACAAGAAGGUAUCUCUGGCCUGUCCUCUGGGGGCAUGAACCGAAAUGUUUCAGCAGCAGUUCCGUUGCUUCUGAAAUCCGUACCAGUCCCUGAACAUGAAUAUAUAUGGCAAGGAUGUUUUGAGAUAUAUCGUGGCAGUAAAUUAUUUGACUUAUGGGAGGGAAUUCAAGCUCAUGUAUCGACAUGUGCAUCACCUAAAGUAAUUGAGGCUGCAAACAAGCUUAAAGACAGAAUAGUACUCUACGAAGUGCCUCGCCUAAGCACCUGGCCAAUACAUUUUAAGGAACAUGGUGCCACAGAAGAUAGUGUAGCCCUUUUCUUUUUUGCUAGAGAUGUUGAGAGCUAUGACAAAAUUUUCAAAGUUUUACUGGAUAAUAUGAUGAAGAAUGAUCUUGCUCUCAAGGGAAGUAUAAAUGAUUUCGAGCUUCUGAUAUUUCCUUCCAAUAAGCUUCCUCACAAGUCCCAGCGGUGGAAUAUGUUAUUCUUCCUUUGGGGUGUUUUUAGAGGCAAGAAAGCAAACUGCCUGCAACACAUGCCUGAAUCCUUGAAACAAAUUGGUGCUCCCCAAGAUAUUCCUCCACCUGUAAUGUCCUUGCCUGAUAAUAGAUGCUCACAAAGACCGAUUACUGAGGAAUUACCUGCAACUGGGGAUGUAGUUCAAGUGAUCAGAUCCCCUACCUCAGAAACCUUACCAAACGCAUUGCCAUCAAGACCUGUUAAUGGAGAUCUUGUUGCAAAACUAUCUAUUUUGGGUCAGGUAAAUAGCAGUGUGAAUUCUAGUUCCCCAGCUGCAACACUGAGUGGUACUGAAAAUAAUUGCAAAGAAAUGAAGAGUCUUUGUCAGGUUGGAGGCGAUAAUCCCAGCUCCAGUGCUUCCCCUGCUACGAAAAGUUCUGGAAGGGAGCAAAUGCUGAUGCAAUUGGAUAAUCCCCUUGAUAGAGUACAGACUUCACCUUGCUCGAUGGAAGUUGCAGCUGGUAAUGUCGGGGGCAACAUAGUUGUAGGACCUAUGUUGGAUGUAAUAACUGCUGGAAAUCAAGUGAACACACUAGUAGAUUCUGGAGGUCCUUUGAGGGAUGGAAAACUUCCAUUGAAGAAUGAGAGGUUUAACGGAGACCUUAACAUGGAGCCUGACAGAUGGAGUUUUAACCACAAGGAGGGCAUGCCUUCUGAGCAAUAUGUGGGCCCUCAAACUUCCUUUACCGCCAUUGGUCCGCUGGAAAUGAGGAGUCACGGAAGUAGCGGAGCACAUGAAAAGAUGAAUCCAUUGGCUUCUGCAAAUCUGCAUGAAGAAGCUCAUGUCAAUACUUUAGUUAGCGAGUGCAACGACAAUGCUGAAAGGCGCUUCUUCCCCAUCGAGUCGCAGCCUGAGAAGGGUGGACAUUUGGCUGAUAGCUCCAUCCCCUGGAAAUUGCAGCUGCCGGAGCAAGACCAGCUUAGUGAUAGGGCACCGAAUCUUGAACUUGCAUUAGGGGGUGAAAAAUGCGUGAGAGGUCUGGAUAUCCAACCCUUGCUGGUUGAUAAAGUACACCCGAAAGUGAAUGAGGAACAUAUACUUAAAGAGACGGUCCCCAAGGCAGAAGAUGAUGUAUCUGCGACACUUUCCCUUUCCCUCUCCUUCCCGUUUCCAGAAAAGGAACUCAGCGCAGAAGCUGCUCCGAAAACCAGUAGACGUAUGGGUGAGAGGGAACACAUGAGCUCGUCGAUGCUUCUGUUUGGCGAUCUAGGAGACAGUUAGCAAGGAAGGAAGGUGACUUAGUGGCCUGCCUGAGAGGGAACACAUGAAUACAUCAUCAUCGAUCAGCCUGCGUCUAUGGAAGAAAGGUAAAAACAGAAACGAAAAAGAGAGGGAGAAAGGGUAAAUAAGAAAUAGUGUUGUCACUUACUUGAGAGUUGUGGUAGAGAGAGAGAGAGAGAGAGAGAGAAGAGAGUUUCCAUAAUGAUAAUUGCUGGCUGAGCUUUAUGGUGGUGUUUUUUUGGCCCAUAAGUAGUCUCCUUUCACUCAGGCGACUUUGCAUUUGUUAUAAGAAGAGAGUUUAUGUUGAUGAUGACAUGACAUGACAUGACAUAUUCCUUAUAUAAAUAUCAUCAUGAUCCUCCACUCUUGUUUCGACACUUGAUUGGACUCGUGUUUGUCCAAUGUCAAUCUCUAGCUCCACCUAAAACAGCCUUCUUUUUAAUCUCUAGUUCCAUGUGUAUUA